AGACGAUUGUUUGGCGGACUAGAAGUCAUGCGUUACUCAAUUCUGUUCUUCGCGGCGGUUUUCGCCUUCGCGGCUGCUGAAUAUCAAUCAUACGAUGGAUAUCAAGUUGUGACCAUUAAAGUGGACGAUCUGAAGAAACUGGAUCUUCUGUUCCAAUGGCAAGAGCAGGGAAUCGACUUCUGGGAUGACAUCAACUCAGUCGGCCGUCCAAUGAGAGUCAUGAUUCCUCCAGCUCUUCUCGAAGAGUUUCCCGCUUUCCUCAGAGACAACGAGAUUUCCUACGAGCUGACAAUUCCUAAUGUCGAAACUGUCCUUGCCGAGGAGCGCAGAGUCAAUAGGAAAAGUCGGGCCCGUGCUAUGAUGAGAAAGAGCCUUUCACCACGAGCGAAAGCUGACUUCAGCUAUUACUGGCAACAUGAUGAGAUCAACCAAUAUCUGCGCAAUCUGGCCGCCGAAUAUCCCAAUUUAGUGACUCUGGAAACGGCUGGGAAGAGUUACGAAGGUCGCGACAUCCUUGUGGUCAGGAUCUCGACCACAAACUUCGAUGGAACCAAACCCAAAAUCUUCAUUGAUGCCGGAAUUCACGCCCGCGAGUGGAUCGCUCCGAUGGCUGCGCUUAAUCUUAUCCACGAACUUGUGGAGCAUUCGGCUGAUCAUGCGGAUUUCCUUGCCUGCGACUGGAUCGUUAUUCCUAGCGUGAAUCCUGAUGGUUACCAGUUUAGCCACGACAGCGACCGCAUGUGGAGGAAGACUCGUUCAAAGAAUGCUGGAAGCACUUGCCGAGGAGUCGAUGGCAACAGGAACUACAAAUAUUAUUGGGGUUUCGGAACUGGAAUUAGUCAUAAUCCCUGCUCUGACGUAUUUCUGGGUCCUGAGCCUCUUUCUGAGCCUGAAACUCAGGCUGUUGCCAACGAACUGGCUAAAGAUGCUGCUGGCGUUCGCUUGUAUCUCAGCUUCCACUCUUACGGAGACUGGCUUCUGUUUCCUUGGGGAUACGAUCGCGUUCAUCACGACAAUCACAGCGAACUUGAUUCUCUUGGUCACAAAGUUGCCGCCGCAGUCAAAUCUGCCCACGGAAGGAAAUACACUGUCGGCAACUCCGCAAUUCUCCUCUAUCCAGCUUCUGGAGCCAGUGAUGAUCAUGCAGCUGGUGAGCACAACAUCACUCUUUCCUACACCGUUGAGCUGACUGGUGGCGGCCGUCAAGGAUUCGAUUUGCCAGCAGAUAAAAUUGUUAAAAUUUCCGGAGAGAUCUUUACUGGUCUUCGCGUUUAUGCUCAAUACGUUGCUGAACACUUUUAAGAAAAUAAAUUUGUUCUUUGACUCUUGAACACAUGCGAAUAA